AUGCCGUACUAUCCGGACUUAGAGUGGAUCAUUGGGGUGUGCAGCUUUCUGGGCAGCAGUCCUGCGACAGGCUUCACACCGAGGCAGAUAUUUCACUUCUUCAUAACUUGUUGUUUGCUGAUUGGAUUCCCGUUUCUUACUUUGUGGAAUUUCGUUGAUAAAGGUGGCGCUACUUUGCAGGAAGUUGUUGAAAGGAUAUCGAAUUUUACUACACUCUUUCAUGCACUAAGUAAGACAACGGUGAUGUUUUUCAACCGAAAAAAGAUCAAGGAGCUACACAAAAACAACCAACAGGUAGUGGAGAGAAUCCUUCACAUUGGAAUAGUUCUUUACGCUGUAGGAUAUUGUUAUUCCAACCUUGGUCAAGCCCUCAGCAACGAGAUUGAAGAUGUUACCCAAAAUAUAUAUCUAAGUAAAUGGGAAACUCUGGUUUUGGAUCGCAAGUCUAAAGACUUUCUCAUAUUCUUCACUAGAACUCAGAAAAAAUAUGCCUUAUCUGCUGCAGGUUUCAUACAGUUUGAUCUGGACUUGGAUAUGUUCAUGGUGUUGGUGAAGUCAGCACUUUCCUACUGCAUGUUCUUCAGAACCAUGGAGCAAAACGCAGCAUCGAAGCAAUAACCGAAUGUAUUAGAAAACAACGAAGUUUGCCG